AUGUUACAUUCGCGUGCGCCUCGUGAAUUUAACGUUUAAUAUGACGUUUCCUUUCUUUUACACUUUAGGUGAUGUUUUCGGUGACUGUUUGAUUUAGAAUCAAACAAACACAUAAUUACGUCGUAUUACACCGAAUACUGACUUGAACUAAACGAAGAAUGUUUUUCUUUGAGAAUCUUUUUCCUUUAUCUUGGGACACUGUGUUCACGUCUUUCACCUUUUGCUACUGCGACAUUUGAAAGCCUUGGCAUCACAGUAAACAUUCUGUGUAUCAAUAUUGUUGUUUUUAUGUUUUCAUUUGUCCGUUAGUGGGGUCGUUCGUCAUCGUUAAUCUCUUAAUAGUCAUAUGUCCGAGAAACCAGGCUGCGUUUGACAGGAGGCUGUCCUUGGUUAGCCGAGCUAGCCAGAGCGAGCUAAACAACGAAAAGAAAUCAUCUGCAUUAGCUGUAUGUGAAGUUGUCGGUGAAGUUACUGAGAGCCGGGAUUAGUUGCUAGUUACCGUUAAACCGUUGAUAGGGUGUGAGCUUACGUGAUCUGGCUUGUUUCGCUUUCUGUCCCAUCACCAAGCUGCAGGUUCUGUUUCUCUGUGCGCCCCCCGCCCACCUCAGUACAGAGCUGAGGGUUGUGGUCAGGUCCUGAGCUAAUGUCAGACUGUCCUGGUGAAGAGGGGGGUCUAACUCAGGCCGCCCCAAACGUCAACACCCAAGACCUGUUUGACAACCCCACUCAGACUGCGGUAACAGUGAACACACCUGAGGAUCAGGUGUCGUCUGUGGUGGAUGAGGCUUCUCCUUCUUCCACGUCGUCCUUUGAGAUACUUGACAUGGAGUCAGUCCCAGCUCCUUAUCAAGAAGUGCAGCCUCAUUGGUUUUUCUGUCGACGAGCUGAGGACAACACCUCCUGGCUUCCUUUCAGCAGAGAGGACUCUGACAAGCUAGAGAAUGCCUGCAACAGUGUAGGAGAAAAGGAGGAGAAGGUGGUGGUAGCUGUGGACGGAGAGCGUUAUGAUGUACAUGUCAGGGAGAGGAAACGCUAUGCUGUGUACUGGGACCAAGCUCCCACUGAAGUCCGCCGCUGUACCUGGUUCUAUAAAGGAGAUAAAGACACCAGAUUCAUGCCUUACCCUGAGGAUUUCAGCAUACGUCUAGAGGACGCUUAUAUGGUUGCAGUAACCUUGGGUGAAUGGAAGACGAAACUGGAAUUUCCCACUGGAGAGACUGUCAUCUUACACAAUCCCAAACUGAUAAUGCAGUAUCAGCCCAUAGGGUUGCAAGAUGAGUGGGUGUCCUCCCCUUCGGAGCAGACCCGGCCUCGAACAGUCAAAAGAGGAGUGGACAGCAUCUCUGUAGAAAUACCUGAUGGUGAACCAGAAAAAGUGGACCACCUUGUCUUUAUGGUCCAUGGCAUUGGUCCGGCAUGUGACUUGCGCUUCAGAUCCAUCAUACAGUGUGUAAAUGACUUCAGGAGUGCUUCCCUGUCCCUGCUGGCCUCUCAUUAUAAGCGCGCUCAGCAAGAUGGCAAGGUGGGUAGAGUGGAGUUCCUCCCAGUCAACUGGCACAGUGCUCUACAUGGGGAUGCCACUGGAGUAGAUGAAGACAUCCAGAGAAUAACCCUGCCCAGCAUCAGCAGGCUGAGACAUUUCACCAAUGACACUCUGCUGGACCUGUUCUUCUAUAACAGCCCCACCUACUGCCAGACCAUAGUGGACACAGUCGCCUCAGAGAUCAACAGGCUUCAUGCCCUCUUCACACAGAGACACCCAGAGUUCAACGGGGCAGUUUCAGUUGUGGGCCACAGCCUGGGUUCGCUGAUCCUGUUUGACCUGCUGACCAAUCAGAGGACUGAUUCAGAAGCCAGGAAGGGGGUGCCUUCUGAUGAACCCAUUCAUGUGACCUGUGACACUCUAGAGCAGACUCUGACUAGACUGGAGCUACAGCAGUACCUGGAUACACUACAGGCAGAAAACCUAGACUUAGAAUCACUGGCUCUUUGCCAAGACUGUGAUCUCAAAGAUUUAGGAAUUCCUCUUGGACCUCGGAAGAAGAUCCUGAAUUACGUCAGGAGGAAAUGGCUUCCAGAGUACUGUAAGACAGGAGCAGUACGACUGGCACCAGGGCUGCAAGCGCCACCUUCAGUGACCAGUGAUCACGAUGGUAACCAGCCUUCAGGACAGACGAUGCAGCAGUCCCAAUUCCACAGGGCGCAGUCUGUCACCAGUGCUGUAGACUACGAAUACUUUGACAUGGGCAUCGGACAGGUAUCCAUUGAUUACCCACAGCUGGCAUUCCACCCUCAAACGUUUUUUGCUUUUGGCUCUCCUAUUGGAAUGUUCCUGACUGUUCGUGGACUCAAGCGCAUUGAUCCAAACUACACCUUUCCAACCUGCAAGAGCUUUUACAACAUCUACCACCCAUAUGACCCUGUGGCUUAUCGGAUAGAGCCCAUGAUUGUGUCAGAGGUGGAUCUGGAGCCCAUGCUGAUCCCUCACCAUAAAGGCCGCAAGAGGAUGCACCUGGAACUAAAGGACAGCUUGACUCGUAUGAGCAUGGACUUGAAGAACAAUGUUUUGGGAUCACUGCGGACGGCGUGGCAGUCCUUCGCCAGAUUGCCAGUCGCUGCACUGCCCUCAGUGGAGGAAGGAGAAACUACAAUAGAGAGAAACCUUCAAGAGGCACAGGCCUCAGCAGCAGCCACUGCUUCUGCUAAGAGGGAAGAGAAAAGUGCUGAUUUUUGGACUAAAAUUCUGGAGUGGCCCAGGGCCCUUUAUAAGCAUUACUUCCCAGGUGUUUGUGAGGAGGCACAGUCCUCAGUGUCAGCAGAGCAGACAGAGCACCCUGAGAUUAAAGUGGGGAUGUUGAAUGGAGGGCGAAGGAUCGACUUUGUGCUUCAGGAAAAACCCAUUGAAAGCUUCAACGAAUAUAUGUUUGCCAUCCAGUCUCAUCUGUGUUACUGGGAAUCUGAGGAUACAGCUCUCUUGCUACUGAAGGAGAUCUAUGACAAACUCGGCGUCGCUUUUGAGCAACCACAACAGUAAUUAAGUUUUAUGAAUGUGGACUUUUUAUUGUGACAGUAACCUGAAAGUGAGAUAAUGAAGGACGGCUGACAGAACCAGAGGCUGCACAAUCCUCUUCCAGAAUGCCUUACCGUUUGGGUGUUACCUGAGUGCCCCACCCUCUGCUCCCUUGACAGUGGAGACCAUCUGGCUGCGGUCAGGUGAUCUUGGUUCAGAUAUCUCUGUCAACUUUAAUUUUGCGGUUGUGGUGUCUACUCCUAAACCACCAUCGAAGAACUGGUUUUAUUGUCUGAUUGAAAUCCACAAAAAUAUUACUGUCAUGCUCCUGGUCGCACAUUAUUUUCCUUUUUUUGAGUCAUUCUUUAUUUUACUCUACUCUGCACUUUCACUCAUCGUUGUUCACAUGUCAUGCAACUAAUGAUGGUUCAGGUGGUUUAAUUUGGUUGACUAUAAAAUGUUUACUGGUUGAUGUGUUGUCUGUUACAACUGCUCCAGGCAGCUCUGUUUUCUUUCUGUCAAUAUUUAGGUCACUUAAAACCCAAAAAGCUGCUACUCCUACAUGUGUGCAAUGUAAAAAAAAAAAUCUCUUGAUGUCACUUCUCUUUCAUUUUGAAGAUGUAGUCCUGCUAAUCAUAUUUUUAUUUAGCUUCAAGUAUGUAUUUCUGCACUAUCUAAAAGAAGUAAUCCUGAUGAAGAUUUGUUUCAUAAAUGCAGUAGCGCAAUGCAAUGAAAGGUCAAGCUGCUUGUGUUUUCAUAGUGUGUGUGUGUGUGUGUGUGUGUGUGUGUGUGUAUGUGUGUAUGUUCUGUAUGCAGUAUGUACAUUAAAACAGUGUGCAGACUGUACAGAAAGACCAGUCUCCCCCCAGUUGUGUGCCAUUCCUCUUCCACUCUUCUUUCUACUAUUUUGUAGUUUCUAACAUCAGUUCAUUCUUUAUUCGAUUACAGACUGACAUCUCACUUAGACAUCUCCAGUUUUUGCAUAGUCUAAGGACCAGUAGAUGCAUGUUUUUUUCAUCUGUUCCUUUGUACCAUGCAAUACUGUAAAACAAUCUUUUUGAUCUGUAUCGCAUGCACUUUUUUUGUUAUAUUAGAGCAGGGUUUCUCAUCAUUUUCUGGCCCUGACCCAAUUCUUAAAUUCCGAAAUGUUUAAAGUUCUCAUGGACCCAUUAAUAAGAGAGUCCUUACUUUAUAUAAAGUCCAAGAUUUUGUGGGAGUAUGGGAUUUCAGAACAAAUAAAUGUAUUUUAUACAAAAAUAUAUGAAAGAGAUAUCUAUAUAUCAGUGUUAUAAAUAUUCCAGAUCUGCGCCUUCAUAUAAAACAACAUGGUAGUUGAGUACAAAGUUGAGAAACUGUGCUGAGUAAUUUAACUUUUUUUUUUUUUGUAAUGACUUGUAUGAUAUGCACUGACAGGGCUCCACAGCCCCCGCCACCAAAGCUCUGAAUGGCCUGUAUGUCAUCCUUCCUCUUUACAAAUGCACUGAAAACUGAAUUAUUAUCAUGUCAUCAUUUCUUUGAACCUCAUAACUGUCUGUUUCUGUCCAUUUUGUGUCUAAACAGUGAACCAGGACUUUAUGGUCCCUGUAUCCUCUGUUUGUGCACUUGGCGCUACAUUAUUGAUGCAUACCAAAAAAAUGAAAAAGUUCUCCUCUCUGAAUAUUAUGAAUAUGGUUACAUGUUAUGUGUGUCACAAUAAACCACUACAAGAG